AUUUGUGCAACAGAAACCCUAAAACGCAGGAACACUCACUAUGCGGACUCGCAGACAGACAAGUACUCCGGAACGAGCCCGCUCCAAUCGGGCUCUUAUGGUGCUGCGCAUGUCCAAUUUGAAUGGCAAGGGAGCUCCCUUCAUGGACAGCAAUUGAGCACCUGGUCGACCGCAUUUCUGCGCAGCGAAUCCGUGCACGGAGAUUGCUGAUAUUUGUGGGUUCAUCUGAUGACCCUCUAGGCGCUACUGGAAUUUCAGUUCAUAUUGUAGAAAUGAAGAGGGCUCAUGAUAUCGACGAAUCUGCCACGAAACGUCUCCGUCUGUUGGCAGGUGAUGGUGUGAAUGACACACAGGGCAAAGAGAUUGUGCGGCAAGUUGCGGAUCACUAUAGUGCCCGAAGCAACCAGACCCGUGAGCAGAGGGAAGCGAGCCCUAUCAUCCACCUUAAGAAACUCAACAAUUGGAUCAAGAGUGUCCUGAUCCAAAUCUACACGCAACGGGGAGAUACAGUUCUUGAUAUGGCUUGUGGAAAGGGGGGAGAUCUGAUCAAGUGGGACAAGGCGUCAAUUGGUUACUACGUUGGUAUUGACAUUGCCGAAGGCUCGAUUGAAGAUGCGAGAAAGAGAUACAAUGGAGAAACUGAUCACGCACGUGGUCGCAGAGAUUUCGGCUUUCCAGCAAAACUUAUCUGUGCCGAUUGUUUUGAAGUUGAUCUAGAGAAAAUUCUUAAAGAUGAUGGUCUCUUUAAUGUCUGCAGUGUUCAGUUUGCAAUGCACUAUUCUUGGGAUACGGAGGAGCGAGCACGAAGGGCUUUCCGAAACGUCUCUGCCAUUCUACAGCCAGGAGGGUGCUUCAUAGGCACCAUGCCCGAUGCAGAUGUUCUAGUUCGCAAACUUCGUGAUGCCCCUGAACUUGAGUUCGGAAACAGGGUCUAUCGGGUGCGAUUUGACGAGAAAUACAGUGAGAAGCAAUUCCCAUCAUCAACACCUUAUGGAAUUCAGUACGAGUUUCAUUUAGAGGAUGCUGUGGAUUGUCCAGAGUGGCUUGUUCCCUUCCAGUGCUUCAAAUCUUUAGCAGCAGAGUAUGGGCUCGAGCUUGUGUUCAAGAGUAAUUUCCACUCAUUCGUAAAACAGUACUGCCAGCAAAAGGAUUUUGCAGAUCUGAUGCGCAAACUAGGAGCGCUUGGUGAUUCUGCCGCUGGCGAUGCUAUCACAGACGAUGAGUGGGAUGCUGCUUACAUCUAUCUUGUCUUCGUGUUUAGGAAGAGUGGAAAUAAGCCUCCCCGGCCCCGGUCUUCUCGCGGCACUUACAAAAUCAUAAGUCCCGAUGAAGUGAUUUAUAUCCCGCAAUGACUUCUCGAGCAACCUACCUCUUCCUGAAUUGAUCCACCACCAAUAUUCGCCGGAUAUUUCCUCCACGGGUGAUGAAGUUACGCCGCGAGCAGCUGAGUAAUUUAAGUUUCUUUUGCUGCCAUAAUAGGUGGAUCAGGAUUGAAAAGGUAACUAGAUUGUUUAGCAGCAGAGUUAAUUUUAGAAAUUUUAUCAUGGUUCUCAACUUUUACAGGCAAUUCCUCAAGAGGUUAUGCAUCAUGAGAAAAGAACCAAGUUCCUUAGUCCUUUGUAAAAUGCAGGAUACUUCUGGUAUUGCAGUAAAAGUUUUUGUCAAAUUCAUCAGUUUACAGACCUAAUCAA